AGCAUGCAAUGUGACCAACCCCCUCUUUCGCAUAUAUACCGAAACCGCCCGUCCUUUCAAAGUCCCCCCUGCGCAAGAACCCUAGACCUCUCUGUUUCUCUCUGUUUCUCUCUAAAUCUCUGUGGGGAAGAUGCAACUGAUGCCCAAGGAAGCUGCUGCUGCUGCUGCUGCGGCUGCGGGGAUCCCGGCGAGCGACGGCGGCAUGCGGAGCUCGCCCGGGAGCUCCUACGAGGCGGUGAGGCGCCUCGCGGCCGGCAGCGCGGUGGUGCUCUUCAGCACGAGCGGGUGCUGCAUGUGCACCGUGGCCAAGAGCCUCCUCUUCGGCCUCGGCGCCGGCCCCACCGUGGUGGAGCUCGACGAGCUCGACGGCAGCGGCCGCGACAUCCACGCCGUCCUCUACCAGCUCGCCGCCGCCGCCGCCCCCGGCGGAGGCGACCGUCGGGCGCUCCCGGCGGUCUUCGUGGGCGGCAAGUUCCUCGGCGGCCUCGAGGCCCUGAUGGCCUGCCACAUCAAUGGCACCCUCGUCCCGCUCCUCAAGGACGCCGGCGCUCUCUGGCUGUGACGCCGCUCCGGUGCCCUCGCCGGAACAUGCUUGCGACGCCAUCGCCGCCGAAUAUGCGAUCUUAGCUAAUACUCCUCCUUCUACUACCUAGGUUCUAGUUGUAUUUCUUUCUUAAACUUAUAUAGUGUUAUAUAUGAAAAAUGAAAGUAUUGAAGAUGAUAUAUAAAAAUGAAUUACUCAUGUUUUAUA